CGGAAAGGACUGGGAGACAUGGCUGUGUCCAGCUCAGUGGGAUCCAACAUCUUCGAUAUCACUAUGGGCCUUCCUGUCCCAUGGUUGAUCUUCUCGGCGAUGCAAGGCGGUGUACCGGUGGCGGUGAACUCCAACGGUCUGUUCUGUGCCAUCGUGCUCCUCUUCGUCAUGCUCCUCUUCGUCAUCGUCAGCAUCGCGGCGUGUCGGUGGAAGAUGAGCCGCGUUCUGGGCCUCACCAUGUUCCUGCUUUACUUUGUGUUCCUGGUGCUCAGCGUGAUGCUGGAAGACCGUAUUAUUAUCUGCCCCGUCUCCAUCUGAGGUCAGACACACCCACUUGGAACCCAGUCCACCCACUGGGGAGCCAGGCCCACCCACUUGGAACCCAGUCCACCCACUGGGGAGCCAGGUCCACCCACUUGGAACCCAGUCCACCCACUGGGGAGCCAGGCCCACCCACUUGGAACCCAGUCCACCCACUGGGGAGCCAGGCCCACCCACUUGGAACCCAGUCC